AUGGUCUCAAAGAGCUCCACCACCACCAUUGCCCUCAUCAUCAUCUUCCUCAUCGCCAGCCUCGCCAGAGCUGACCUCUUCCUCUCGCCUUCACCGGCUACGACCAACGACUUUGGAACGUGCCCUAGAAACCCAACACAAUUAGGCGUAUGUACCAACGUCCUUCGCCUAGCCAAUGUUACAGCUGGCGACACCAGAGCGCGACCGUGUUGCAGUGCCAUCAAUGGCCUUCCGAACAUCCAAGUAGCCGAUUGCCUCUGCUAUCUCUUCAGGCCACUUCCUUUGGUUUUCAGUCUCGACGAGGCCGUUAGAGAAAUAUUUUUCGCUUGUAAUAUGAUCUUUCCUAUCGGUUUUCAGUGUCCACCCCCUUCAACAGCGAUUACCCCUUAA